ACUGUCAAAAAGAAAAACUAGGGUGACAGACACGCGCGCGAGCGGGUUAAGUGACGUAAAAAGCGCUCGUCAAAGUAAGUGACACGCGCGCGGCGGUUUGAUUUGCGCGCGCAUGAGAGCCAAAUCAAACAGCCGCGCGUGUCAAUUUACUCAAGGACUUCGCGGGAGCGCGCAUCAAACUUCGACCAGUAUACACUAGAUACUUCCGGGUCGUUUCACUGUGUUAGGAUCCUUCCGGACCCAAAAGGACAUAACGUCCAUAUUUCCGACGGCGCGUGAAGGCAGCGGCGUGCUUCACAACAGUCCUGCAGCUCAAGAGGAAAGGAGCCAUGGCUGCACUGUUCACAGCGAGGAGAGGCCUCGGCGCCUGUCUCUCUGGCCGUAGACGUCUGUCUCAGCUGGCCGAGCUUCCAGAAACUCAUCAGCUGCUGAGACAAACAUGCAGAGACUUCGCCGACCGGGAACUGAUCCCCAUCGCAGGCAAGCUGGACAAGGAGCACGCGUACCCUGCUAAACAGAUUCAGGACCUGGGGGCGAUGGGGGUGAUGGCCAUCGAGGUCCCAGAGGAGCUAGGGGGGGCGGGGAUGGACUACCUGGCCUACAGCCUGGCCAUGGAGGAAAUCAGUCGCGGCUGCGCCAGCACCGGCGUGGUGGUGUCCGUCAACAACUCGCUCUACAUCGGGCCGAUCCUGAAGAACGGCACCGAGGAGCAGAAAAAGAAAUGGAUCACUCCGUUUACCACCGGAGAGAAAGUGGGCUGCUUCUGUCUCAGUGAGCCAGGCAACGGCAGCGACGCGGGCGCCGCCUCCACGACGGCCCGCGAGGACGGAGGCGAGUGGGUUCUGAGCGGAACCAAAGCGUGGAUCACCAACAGCUGGGACGCCUCCGCCGCCGUCGUGUUCGCCACCACGGACCGCACGCUCAAGCACAAGGGCAUCAGCGCCUUCCUGGUCCCGAUGCCCCACCCGGGCCUCUCUCUGGGGAAGAAGGAGGACAAGCUGGGCAUCAGAGCCUCGUCCACCGCCAACGUCAUCCUGGAGGACUGCCGGCUCCCUCUGGACCACAUGCUGGGGCCCCGGGGGGCCGGGUUCAAGAUCGCCAUGCAAACCCUGGACAGUGGGCGUAUCGGCGUGGCCUCUCAGGCGCUCGGCAUCGCUCAGGCGUCUCUGGAAUGCGCCGCCGACUACGCCCACAAACGCACCGCGUUCGGAGCGCCGAUCGGCAAACUGCAGGCCAUACAGUUCAAGCUGGCUGACAUGUCCGUUGCCGUGGAGAGCGCUCGUCUUCUCACCUGGAAGGCAUCUCUUCUUCGAGAUGCAGGGAAGCCCUUCACUAAGGAAGCGGCCAUGGCCAAGCUGUCGGCGUCUGAAGCCGCCACGUUCUGCUCUCACCAGGCCAUCCAGGUUCUGGGGGGGAUGGGCUACGUGUCGGACAUGCCGGCCGAGAGGCACUACCGGGACGCCCGCAUCACGGAGAUCUACGAGGGGACCAGCGAGAUCCAGAGGCUGGUGAUCGGCGGCCAGGUGCUGAAGGAGUACCAGUCGUAGAGGAGGAGCUUCACCUGGAGCUUCACUCAGGAGGAGCUUCACCUGGAGCUUCACUCAGGAGGAGCUUCACCAGGAGGAGCUUCACCCAGGAGGAGCUUCACCAGGAGGAGCUUCACCCGGAGGAGCUUCACCCUGGAAGAGCUUCACCCUGGAGGAGCUUCACCAGGAGGAGCUUCACCCUGGAAGAGCUUCACCAGGAGGAGCUUCACCCUGGAAGAGCUUCACCAGGAGGAGCUUCACCUGGAGGAGCUUGACCCAGGAGGAGCUUCUCCAGGAGGAGAGGGAGCAUCCCUACAGAUAAAGAGGAGCGCUCGUUUAUAUCGCGGUUUAGAUCAAAGUCCACAAUCCAGAUGAAGGAAAUUCGCUUUAAACCGAGGAGGAAAUCUUCUAACUGGUUUCUGUGAGUACGUCGCCGGUUUAAAGGGCCAGUUCACCUUUUAUUUAAAAAUGUUUUAAUUUAUAAUAAGAGUGACUGUCUCUUUAAGACGAAACUGCUAACGGGAAGACGAGCACGGAUUAUUCUGCAUGCUUUUUAAUUUUUGAUAAUUUGCUAAAUAUUUUCCGAAGAACAAAAAGUUUUAUUCGUCACUAAAUAAACGACAGAUAAAUCAGAUUUAUAAAUUAUUAAACUUAUUUUUCUGCAGAACUUUCCUGAACAUCUUUUAUUUAUUCAGCGUCACAGUAAUGCAGUGACCGUCGUCUGGAACUCGUCAUUUUUGAUAAAUAAAUAAAUAAAAAUAGACGUCAUUUAUCAAAAUAAAACAAAUAUGCAGAAGAAAUAAGAAAUAAUUCUGCUUAUUUUUUUAUUUUGAUAAUUUGCCCCAAAAAAAUCGUGAAUAAGCUGUGAUUUGUGUAAACUGACUAUUUAUUUUAUUUCUUUUAAAUGACGAGUUCCUGUUUCACCAGCAGAGGGCGGCAGAGAGCCUCCUGUGUCCAGUGGCCCACUUCUGUUUCCAGAGGUUGUGGAUUUAAUAAUUUAAUAUUCUGGUGGCCGGUUUGAGUUUAUUUCUGAAUGUUUAUGGUUCACGCAUCAUGUCGAACCUCUUGUGCCUCAAUAACUUGUACAUACUUUAAUGUAAUUUAAUUUGUGCAGAUUAUAAUAAUAAAAACACACUGACGGGA